UUUGAAUGACCCAAUCAUUUUUCAAGUAUCGUUUGGCGCUCACUGUUCGAAAUCUAAGCAAAGCAAGGAAAGAAAGUUGUUACGAUAGUGGUAGCAUUUUUGCUCUAAAUUUUUAUAUUUUUAAAGUCAAUGUGAUAGAUUUUAUUUUGUUUAACCGUUUAGAAACUUCGCUUACAAGAUUUUGAUUUUUUUGCGUCGCAAUGGAGGAAAAAGUGGCACGUAAAAAGUACAACCAUAACCAUGCCUCGAAUUGCAAGGGUGGCGAGAAAAUGGGUCUCAGCAAUCGGUUCGUACGAGCCAUAAAAGCGGGUGAAGUGAGGAAGAAAACUAGAUUGGAUGAGUUUUCAAAGAGAAGAAUGAUGCCUCUUGGAGAAAUCAAUAAACACGACAACACGUUGGAGGAAUCGACACAUCAAGAAAUGAAACCGAAGAAAAGUGGAGAAGGAGAUGCACCGGCAGCUUCAAGAAAGGAGCGGCUACAAAAAUGGCUUGAAGAACGUGAGAUGAAACGCAAAGCCGAGGCUGCAACUAAAACAAAGAAAGCAUUUGUUGUAAGGCACAUAGUGCAUGAUGAUACCAAAGUGUUAAACAAAGCUCAAAAGACAACCAAGAUGAAACCUUCAAAAGAAAAUGUGCCUACAAGGCGCGUCACCCGUGCCUCUGCCAGACUGGCCAGCAAACAAGAAAACAUCCUGACAAAUAAGAAACUAGCAAAAGAGAAGAUUGAAAGAAAAGAAAAUACUUUGCCUGGAGAUAAAAAAGCAGUGAAAUCUAACAAUGGCUCUACAAAGCUUGCAAACAAACAGGAAAAUAUAGGGCCAAAUAAGACCAAGCCAGAUGCGAAAACACCCGCCAAUGCCAAUAAACCAGGAAAAGAAAUAACCAAACAGACUAAGACACUGGAGGAAUCAGAAAUAGGUACAGAUAUAAGGGCUUCAGUGAAAGAGAAGGAAAAGAACAGAGAUAAAACUCAAAGCAUUGAUUGUUCAUCUAUAGCACCUGACAAUUUUACCUUCACUGCUCCUACAGGCGUAAGCUCAUUCCUCCAUUUAUCCCAGAACUUUAAGUUCAAACCCUUGAGUCCUUCAAGUGCAGAGGGGUUCUUCUCAGGGAUAGCUUGCCCUUCUCCUGAAAACCCCCGUGAGCUGAUUACCAAGGAGAACUUUGCAUUGGGUGGCACAGACUGGGUGAGCAAGCAAGCUGAAGCUGAGGCUGCCAACAAGGGAAUUUCCACAGAUACCAGUGAUAUUCCUAUGGAGACUGUUCAAACUACUGAAACAGCUCAAGACGCAAAAGAAGAGACUGAACCAGAAAAGGGAAGCUUGUAUUUUAGGAUGCUAGUAACAUCUGAAACAGACAAGCUGAACAAGCUUUGUGCAUGUUGGGACAAAGUUUUGGAAGAGGAGGAGGAGUUGUCGGAUGAGGUGACUGGUAGUAUCCGAACAGCCGUUGGUCAGGCACAGCUGCUUAUUAGCCAGCGUUUCAAGCAGUUUUCUGGGCUUAUUGAUCUCAGCGAAGAUCCAACAGCCAAAAAGAAAGCUACGCCUUCAGACCUGCAAGGGUUCUGGGACAUGAUUUACUUCCAGGUUGAAGAUGUCUACAACAAGAUGGAGGCUUUGGAAAAGAGGAGGCAGAAUAACUGGAUUGAGGAAGCAAAGCCAGUAAAAAAGAAACUCAAAAGAGUCAAGCCUAAGGUAGCCAAACCAGAUGAGGCCAAGGCAGCAGCACAUGCAAAGUCUGCAGUUCAGGAGAUGAGGGCUAAAAUGAGAGCCAAGAUGGCAGAAAACAAAAGGAAAGCAAUGGAAUCUCAAAAAGAGGACUGCUCUUUCAUCACUAUCCUGACUCCUGUUAAAAAUAAAGCUACAGCCAAUGCAGUUGUGUUGACUCCUGUGCGCCGAUCAGUUAGGAACACGCCCCUAAACAGGGUGGCCAUGUCUAAUGCCGUGCCAGUGGUGACCACGCCCAAGCUCAGCAGCACCUCACCAGGACUCCGUCUCACCCCUGAUGCCAGCAGCACCCUGGUCAGCACCCUGGUCCCAAUAGAGCCAGACAUGGCUGCUUCCCAGGAAGACAAAGCUAAGGCUGUAACCAAGGACACGCCCUGUGCCAUGGAUGUUGAAGGGACCUCCAGUGAGGAAAGCACCUCUGAUAAUGUGUCUGACGAAAGCAUGCCGACCACCGCCGGGAAGCGAAGCGCGCUAAGAAAGCCUGUGGGGAAAAGAACCAGAAAAUCCUCCCGAGUUAGUUUUCAGACGCCGAGAGCAAUCCCUGAGUCUAUAGCGGGUGGUACCCCCGGCCCUCUCGCCACACCUGGCGUGACAACAAAGUCACGCAAUGCACUGACGCCCGUCGCCGUCUCCAUUGACAUGUCAGAGGAUAUUGAGGGGACCCCUGUCGAACCUAAGGGUACCCCCCUUAGGCGUUCGUCACGAAAACGCCAACUGACCCCGUAUCACUCUGGGAAGGGCAAAAGUCGACUUGGCGAGGACCAUGCUGAAGAGUUGGUACCCGCAAAGCAAGCCGGUGCGCCUGCCCGUUACCCUGUCAACAGUGUGAGUGACAGCGACGACGAGGGAGCACGUGGGAAAGCGCUGUUGGGAUCCACGGGACGAAGCGCCAAGAAAGAGGACAACAUAUUUUUGCCGGAAAAGUACCUGAUGCCGUCCUCGACUGUUCAAAAGCCCAGCUUGUGGCUAGAUGACAGUCUCGAAAGCCACGAGACUUCGAGCACACAAACCCUCACUCCGCGCGUCAACCUCGUAAAGCACGCGCAUGACACAUGUGCAGUCACGCCUUCCGAGCAAAAAACACCAAUGAAAACCACGCUUUUCGUCUCACCCCAGUCCCCUUCCCAGGCCGACCCGGCCCUAAUUACCGUCACGCCUGUGGAAAAGAGAAUAACGCGAAGUCACGUGACGCCUCUGCUGGGGGCGCUGUCUCUCGGUACGACGCCCGACUCCGCCUCUGCGACUAGAUGUGACUCGGUGUUCUUUGCCCCGUCUGACAGCGGUGCAAAACCUGUGCUGGAUAAUUUGAUUUGCUUCUCACCACUUCUGGAGUAAGUUCGACAGAUGGCUUGGAUGGCUAAGAUGACCUAAAUAGAGUUUCACAUACCUUUGAUAUAAUCAUGUUAAUAGGAUAAUAAAAAAGCGUUCAGUUUUAUAGAGAGAUUAUGGUACGUCGAGUUUAUCCAAAAUUGUAUUUCUUAUCUUAAGAUUGUAUUCAGAUUGAUAAUUAUAUGUAUUCUACUUGAUAGUUCGUAAUUUAGACCCGAUUCAUAAGUCGCGCUUCUGCCGUACCGGGGUCUGUUACACAAAUCAUAACACCGUUCAUGUGCCCAAAUUUCCAUAUGAUUAGAUUCGGUAGCAGAAUUGCGACGUACAUGAAUCAGAACUCUAUUGGCUUGGCAUGUAAAGUUAAAUCGAUAAUGGAACUGUAAAUAAUGGGAAAAUACAAUGUUGUGCUGAGCCUUU